ACAGUGCAGUUCAGUGUCUCCCCUCCUGUUCCCACUCACACACACAGUUUCUUUCUGGUCUCCGCUGCUGAGGAUACAGUACGGGCAGCUUUUCGAAGCCUUUCCUCUAAUAACGGCAUGUUCUUUCUGAUCUCAUUGUAUUCCACUGAAGAAGUUCCAGACGUCAUAAAUCCAGAGGGUUAAAAAUCUCCCACUUGGUGUGAGAAAACAGAGCUGUACAACUGGCAAAUCAUCCAAAGAGAAAUCACAGCCCACAGAAGGUACAGAAGGAGGCUACCAUGAAGAAAAUGGACAAAAAAGCAGCAGGAAGCUGGACUUUAGACAACAACCUUCACCCUUCAGCUGUGAAGAGCUCUUGUCACCCUAAUCUAAAGAUGUUUCUUGCAGCCUUAUCCUUCGUCUACUUUGCUAAGGCUUUGUCUGGCAGCUACAUGAAGAGCACAAUUACACAACUAGAAAGGCGAUUUGACAUUCCCAGCUACCUGAUUGGCAUCAUCGAUGGGAGCUUUGAAAUAGGAAAUUUGUUGGUGAUUGCCUUUGUGAGCUAUUUUGGUGCAAAGCUCCACCGACCAAAGAUCAUAGCAGUUGGGUGUCUGUUGAUGUCUUUCGGGACGUUCCUGAUCGCCAUGCCUCACUUCCUCAUCGGCAGCUAUAAGAUCGAAACAUCCGUUAGACCUUCAGUGAAUUCAUCCAAUACCCUCCCUCCAUGUUCAUCUGGAUCCACCGUGGCAGGCGACAGACCAACUAUUUUGCCAUCGAAGAGUUGUGAGCGUGACUCAAGUGUUUCCAUGUGGAUUUAUGUGUUUCUGGGAAAUGUUCUUCGUGGGAUUGGAGAGACUCCAGUACAGCCUUUAGGGAUCUCCUACAUUGAUGAUUAUGCACAGUCUGAGAAUGCUGCCCUCUAUAUUGGUUGUGUCCAAACCAUCUCAGUUAUUGGUCCUGUGUUUGGGUACCUCCUGGGGUCACUUUGUGCCAAGAUCUAUGUAGACAUUGGCCAAGUGGACAUGGAGACUGUGACGAUCACACCCGGUGAUGCCCGCUGGGUCGGAGCGUGGUGGCUGGGAUACAUCAUCGCUGGUGCCAUCACACUCAUGUCUGCCAUCCCCUUCUGGUUUUUGCCCAAAUCACUGCCCAUGCCUCUGGAUAAACAUGAUACCAGCUGCACUCCAGAGCAAGCCAGGUUUAUUAAGGACUCCCCAAAGAUGGAGCACAAGUUCAGACAGGAGGAGCCAGCUAAUUUACAUCAGAUGGCCAAAGAUUUUGUGCCUGCACUUAAAAGUCUCCUUGGAAACCCAGUGUACAUCCUUUACUUAUGUGUGACCAUCAUUCAAUUCAACUCUCUCAUUGGUAUGGUUACCUACAAGCCCAAAUACAUUGAGCAACACUAUGGCCAGUCAGCAUCCAAGGCCAAUUUCCUCAUGGGCAUGAUCAACAUCCCAGCUGUGGCCCUUGGAAUGUUCACUGGAGGGGUCGCCAUGAAGAAGUACAAGCUGGGCAUCAUGGGAGCAGCUAAAUUUGCCUUUGGGACCUCCCUUCUGGGCUACUUCCUGUCACUUUUUUUCUUGGCCAUGGGCUGUGAAAACUCUAAGGUGGCAGGCAUCACAGUUUCAUAUACCGGAGUGGAAAGCUUGUCAUACCAGGAGCGGUCGCUCUUCUCUGACUGUAAUUUGGGUUGCUUGUGCUCGAGGAGAGAGUGGGAUCCAGUGUGUGGAGAGAAUGGGAUCAGCUAUGUGUCUCCGUGUUUGGCAGGAUGCACGUCCUCCACCGGCUCUGCCAGGAACACGGUGUUUGGAAACUGCAGGUGUCUUGCACUGGCUGAUGCUCAACCUGGCAACCUGACGGCCACACCAGGCCAGUGUCCACGUAGGGACAGCUGUGACAAAAUCUUCCCAUAUUUCCUGGCUCUAUCUGUCCUCAGUUCCUUCAUCAUCUCUCUGGGGGGAACACCUGGCUUUGUUCUGCUUGUCAGGUGUAUUAAGCCUGAGCUGAAAUCCCUUGCUCUUGGAAUCCACACAUUGGCAACUCGAACUCUGGCUGGAAUACCAGCACCCAUAUACUUUGGAGCGAUAAUCGAUUCAACAUGUCUCAAAUGGGGCUAUAAGACAUGUGGAGGAAGAGGAGCAUGUAGAAUAUAUAACACCUCUGCAUACAGGAUUGUUUAUCUGGGUCUAACACUGGGCCUGAGGACAGUGUCUUUUUUCCUGUGUAUCCUGGGCUUUGCUAUACUCAAAAGACAUAUAAAACAAGAGGAGAAAAGUGCUCUAACCAAUGGGAGUGCAGAGUUGGAGGCACUGAAGAAGGAAGAGAGCAACUCCAUACACUGUGAGCAAUUUAUACUGGCCUUGGACCGCAAUCCAGACAGAGAAACUCAUUUGUGACCCUCAUCACAACUGAACCUCUUCUGACACCACUGACAUCUCAGAUGUAGAGACAAACACACACUGUGGACAUUUUUUCCUAGAACUCAGAGUAUAUAUUUGUACAGGGUUUAUGUAGGCUUACAAUACUUAAAAUAAGACUAAUUUUUAAACAAAAUAUGCCAUUUUAGGAAGGUAAAAUUAUGUGUUUGUGUUUUUCAUGAAGACUUUUGUAGAAAAAGAAUGUAACUGUGCUGUAUUUUCUAUAUUGGUCUUUGUUUUUAUGAUUAAACUGAUGAAUAAUAUGUUAAAAUUCCAUUUUCUUUGUAUUCCACCACUGAUAAAGUGUUGUGUUUCUCACUUUGUUUGAGUUCAGGUCUGUAGACUUGCUGUACCACACUUGAUGUGGCAAAUAUGAAUGUGGCUACACUCCUGAAAAAUACCAAAGGAAACAACUUUUUUUUUAAAGAAAUGAUUUGCCUCAGAGAUUAAAUAUGAUAAAUCUUAUAUACUUUAAUAAGAUGUAUUGCAAAAGAAAUGAUAAGUCCUGGUUAGCUGAUGUUCUCGAUGUAUAUGAUGAAGUGUUCUUACACAUAUAUAUUGGUUUAUGUACAUUUA